AAACUCCAGCCAUCAAGCUCUUUUUCAGUACUAUCUUCAGAAAUAGAACUUCUAAAGUUGUCUAUAGGAGAACUUAAGGCUGAGUUAAGGGAAAUAAAAAACAGCAAGUCAGUAAAUGCUGGAAACAUCGAAACCAAUACCGAGAUAUGCAAAUUAUCAGAUCAGAUCAGCGAUAUCAGAUCGCAGGUCUGUGAACUGACACCUCUAACUAUCCUCAUGAAAACGGUAAACCUUAACAAGCUUGACACAGAAUCGGUAACUAAGGUAGAUAACCUCAUUAACUUUGUUACCACAGAAGUAACAAAACGACUCGACGCAAAACUGAGUGCUAUUGUCUACAACGUUCCGGACAAUGAGGCACUAAAAAAGGUACAGCGCAUCUUACUUAGUGAAGCGAAAAUGCCUAACUCCAAGACUAAGUGCUACAGGCUGAAGAAGAGUCAACAUGAAAAGUGUUGUCCUAUUCGAUUUCAGUUCGAAACACCGGCAGAGACCAGAAAAUUCAUUCACUCCCAACACACCCUAUCGCAAGCCAGAAACUACAAACAUAUAAAGGUCGGGGUGGACAAAACAGUUAUAGAAAGGCGCGCACACAACUAUCUCACUAAGACUAAUUGUGAAAUAGGUAAUAGGACAUUGCAGCAAGCCAUUAUCCCCAACCCUGUGAAAGAUACAGUAGACCCCACCGCAUCACCCCUCUCAAAACACACAGAAAUGUCCCAUCAGAGUGCAACACCAGCCGAAAGGCCACUAGACUGUAACCAAAUAAAUAAUAAAACCAUACCACCCAUCACCGCAGAAUCUAAAAUGCCACUAAAUAACCCCAGAAAAAAAGUUAAAACCCCCCGAAACUCGACUUUGUCCUCUCCUAGCUAUAAUUCCAUUGGUAAAGAUAAGGAAAAUAUGCCCCUAAAUCAUACCAACAAAAACAGUGGCAGCUUAAAUAAGCCCACACUCCCCACGGUUAAUAGUAUUAGCACUCACAACGUGCUAAAUCGCACCGUGGCACACACUAAUAUCCAAUGUCACAACGAUGUCACCCUAAAUAGUACAAGUGGUAACAGUCAGAACUCGGCUACCAACAACUCAGGGUCUUCAGAGUAUGGCACACAAACAAAUUUCGACCGGAUGUAUGGUACAAGUCUGCUGGGAACUAACCCAAAAUGCAGUACACACGAAACCCACACAAGGACACAACUAGCAUCAAACAAUAGGUGGAAUAAUAAGCCAUGGUCAUCACAAGGAUCCAAUCAUUUUUUAUCCCCCGCGUCCCUGUCAGCGUUGAAAAAACAGCUGGUAGGGAUGUUAACACUCCUAAACCACUAG